AAGAGAAGACAGUAAGGUCAACAAGAAGCUUUAAUCAAACAACGAAAUAAGCAAUAUUUCAAGAAACAUAUUAACAUUGAAGAUUAAAGAUGUGCGAUUCUAUGAGAGAUGCUGUUUUCAAGAAGAAGUUACUUCGGCGUCUAUAUGGGGAUUCUGAAGAAUCUGAACCUUCAACAAAGCAGGAACAAGAUAUUUUAGCACAAGAAACUGGUACUGAUAAAACAUGCAUUACUGCAAACUAUACAUGUCAUGUCAUACCAAAGAAAAAAGUUUACGGAGUGAUUACCAAACCCUCCGAUGUUCCUCCAAGUAAAGACUAUCCACUUGAAGGUCUAAAAGGACCAGAAUUUGUUGGAGAAGAGGAUGAGAUCAGUGAAUCAGAGUCUGAAGAAGAAGUUAAAAAGAGGAGGAGACGGAAAAGGAAGCAAAGAAACGCUGACUCAUCAGAAGGACAAAGACAGAAACAGAAAACAGAUGGAAUUGAAAAAGCUAACCAAGUACUAACAAAAAAUCAAAAAAGGAAAUUAAAGAAAAAGAAAAGGAAAGAGAGAGAGAAAACAGAGACUCUUGGAGAAAACAAGAAGGGUUUUACAUACUCUGUUCAUACAGAGGAAAUCUGCGGGCAACUGAACAAAAGUCGGAGAGAAGAGCUAUGUAACAACGUACCAAAGCUGGUGGAGUUUGUCAAGGCUGUAUGGGAAGUGUAUGAUCAAGAUGUGGCAGUGAAAGACACUAGCUACAGUGAAGAAAACUUGGAUAAAUUGUUAAAACAAGUGUCCUCUAUAUCGGAGAGGGAGGAGGAUGUUGUGAUAAGUGAAUUCGAUAAUCUCUGGCAUUUAAAAACUCUGCUGGUACUUGCUGACCAUCAAAGAGUUGAAGAACAAAUCAAACAGCUGGAUAACAUCGAAACAGUAGCAAUUGAUAAUGAGUCCAAAGUUUUACUCUGUGCUCUAAUGAGAUACUGGAUGACUGACAUCGUAAAUCAAAGAUGAUGAUUUCAAUUCAGACAUGGGGAUGCAGAUCAGAUCCGUGACUUGUCUAAAGAAAAGAUGAAUCCAAAUCAGAGGGAUGAAUCCAAAGAAAUGUUCGUGGAGAUGCACAAUAAGCACUUGGUCGUGUUCAUUGGUCAAGGAACAGUUUGUCAAGAGUUGUUGUUCAUCAGUAACUGUGACAAACGAUUCCUCCAAACUGAAAGUACCACCUACCCUGGUGAUUAUAUUGUAAAGAGCUUAAAGUCACAAGGCAGUGAGUGAACUUGUCCAACUCCCAAAAAAGAUAAUAUUGAACUAAUUGAUAUUAUUAGUUUGGGUCAUUAUGAUUUUUACAGAUACUGUAAACGUACAUAAUUCAGUGCUGAUCUUAUUUUAGCAAUUUACGCACUGGAAGCAUUCUACUAAAUUACUAAAAUGCACUAAUUGUAGUUUAUCUGUAAUGGUUUCAAUGGCAAUUAUUGUUGGUGUUCUAAUUAAUCAUUCCGCUAAUCUGUAGUACGUUUACAGUAAGUAAUCAGACCAUGGUGUCCUAAAAAGUGGUUAUAUAUUCAAAAAGUGGAUCUCCUUUUUCUAAUAAAUUAUCCUGGUUUGUCUCGGUGUCACAGAGUCUUGGCCUCUUCUGGUUACAUCCUUCCAGUUAAAGCAUGAUGACUGGGAGUCAUUCUAACUCUGGUGUCAUGAAAAUGUAGAAUAAAAGCCAUAAGAACUUUA